AACAUCAUGUCGGCUCCAACGAUAGAUAGCACCGAAGCGAUCACGAAUUCUGGAUAUGGGAGCAGCGAUGAAACGGCCAGUCUUCUGGUCGCCGGACCCGCCGUUACCGUCAUAGUUCCGUCAGAAAACAGAACAGUUAAACCAGUUCUACAAAGACAAGACUGCACAACGCAUUUAAGACCUCAACUGUCAGGAGGGCCGGGCAGCGAAGAGAGUGGUACGUCCAUACGAAUGGAAGAAGGUACAGCGAGAAGCGUCCCAGACAUAGAAUUGCAAUGCCGCGAUACUGUUCCGCACGCAGACAGACCCCAGACUUUAGUAUCGCCAAUGGCCGGCUGCUCCCACAGAGGUUCAGUGACCGCCUGCACAUUAGUUCCACACUCGCAUUCUAGAUGUCGCGUUUGUGAACGAAGACAAUCAACGGCGCCGGUUUCAGCGUUACAACUAGCGCGAUCUGUGUCCCGAGAGAGUGUACGAUCCGCACUACACUACCCGUGUGGCUGUAGUUCGCUCCACGCGGUCAGUACGUGCCCUGUUAUACAGCCCCCGGCGCUGUUGCUACCAACAACUAGUGCGAGAAUCAUCCGACAGAGUUCGCAGCCGGAGUCUAGCGCAUGCGCGGCACACUGUCCUCACCACAGCCACCACCACCCUAGCGCCUCGUUGCGACAACUAAGGGAACCAGGCGACGGAAUUGCCGGCAUCGCCGCUGACUCUCUACGAAUCAACGGAGGAAUGCGACCAUUCAAACAGGGGCUGCUCCUCUGUCCGCAAACCCUGUCGCAGACUCGUCGAGCCCGACUGAGACGGGCGUUCACUGAAGCCACGGGAGAUACUGUUACCUACGUUAAAACGGUGGGCUUCUGUUCGAUUAUGCACCGGCAAUCCCACAUCGGCGACUGUACAAUCUCCACAAUACACCUUCUCUUUACCCUGAUCACACACAAAAGUCUAUACGAUAUCACGAAACAAUACUAA